UUUUCAUCGAACCUCAUCUGAAGAAAAGAAGCAUUUUCUCCUCUCAUUUGCCUGCUAUUCUUCUGUUCUAUAAUAUUAUGUUGCUACAUUGGAGUGCAAUAUAAAGAGCACCUAUCCGCAACUUUCUGGUUCUUUGUCCCAUCUUGUCUGUCCUUCUUUUCACUCUGUCUCCUCCAUACCUUCACCUUUCAUUCAAAGUGCAAACUGGUCCCUUUGAUACCUAAUUGCUUUCUCUCCCUCAUCCAUUUCUUUUCUCACCUAUUGUUCCUCGUCAGCCCUUCCUAACUUGCACUUUCCUCUUCUUUUCCAAUGCAUUUCCCUUGCCAGAUUUUUUUCCUUUUCACCACUAUUUUCCUCUCUCUUUUCAACCGUCCAUUUUUCUCUCCUUUCUUGAGCCUGAGGGCACCAGGACUCAGUGGCUGAACACAUACUGCUCGUUGUCUCUCCUAAUUGCCAUUUCUUCUCGACCCGCUCACCUACGCGUUUUGUUCUCUUAACUCCCUCACUUUUAUCCUGCCUGUCCUGUCACAAUGUACUCCUCCGCGGAGCUCUGGAACUCUACAGAGCAGGUCUGGAUCAACGGCUCCGAAGCAAACGUCUCUCUGGGAAGACAUGGGGUUGUAGAGGAGGAGGAGGAGGAGGAAGGAGAUCGGCACCCCUUCCUCAUGGAUGCCUGGCUGGUGCCCCUCUUCUUCUCUCUCAUCAUGCUGGUCGGACUGGUGGGCAACUCUCUUGUUAUUUAUGUCAUUUCCAAACACCACCAGACGUAUGUCGUAUUUUCUCUUUGUACAGCAAACCUGGCAGCCACGGACAUUAUCUUCUUGGUGUGCUGCGUGCCCUUCACCGCCACCCUCUAUCCUCUCCCUGGAUGGAUCUUUGGUAGCUUCAUGUGCAAAUUUGUUGCCUUUCUACAACAGGUGACAGUCCAAGCCACCUGUAUCACUCUAACAGCUAUGAGUGGGGACCGCUGCUACGUCACAGUCUACCCUCUAAAAUCCCUCCGCCACCGCACCCCGAGAGUAGCAAUGAUGGUCAGCCUCUGCAUUUGGAUUGGCUCCUUUAUCCUAUCUAGCCCAAUUUUAAUGUACCAGCGUAUAGAGGAGGGUUACUGGUAUGGUCCGAGGCAGUACUGCAUGGAGAGAUUCCCCUCAAAGACACAUGAGAGGGCUUUCAUCCUCUACCAGUUUAUUGCUGCCUACUUGCUGCCUGUCCUCACUAUCUCCUUCUGCUACACUCUGAUGGUGAAGCGGGUGGGCCAGCCAACUGUGGAACCAGUAGACAACAACUAUCAGGUACACCUCCUGUCUGAGAGAACUAUCAGUAUUAGGAGAAAAGUCUCCAAGAUGGUGGUAGUAAUCAUCCUCCUCUUCGCCAUUUGCUGGGGUCCCAUCCAGAUUUUCGUCCUCUUCCAGUCUUUCUAUCCUAACUACCAGCCCAACUAUGCGACAUACAAGAUCAAGACAUGGGCCAACUGUAUGUCCUACGCCAACUCUUCGGUCAACCCUAUAGUUUACGGUUUCAUGGGAGCCACCUUCCAAAAGUCCUUCAGGAAAACCUUCCCAUUUCUGUUCAAGCACAAGGUCAGAGAUAGCAGCAUGGCUUCCAGGACUGCCAACGCUGAGAUCAAGUUUGUUGCUGCAGAGGAAGGCAACAAUAAUAAUGCAACAAAUUAAAUCUGACAGUUAGAAAUAGCAAGAAAGAGGUUAUUGUUUAUAUCCACUGCAAUCUCUGCAAGAAGACAAUAAAAAUAAUUUAAAAAAUAAUUUAAAUGAGUUCAUUGUGUGAAUGGCUUCACAGAGAAAUUGGCUGAGUACAAAAGGACAGACUGUGUUUGGCAGACAUAUUUUGGUUAUGUUAAUAAAUACAUUAAUUGAUGAAUUGAUGUGGCAAAACAGAGACUCAUGACACAGAUGGACACUAACAGUGUUUGGCACAAUGUGUUACCUGUUUGACUGUCAAGGCCAGGCAGCGCUGGCACUUAACAUCAUCCAUUGAGCUGCCAAACACCACAGACAAAUAGGACAGUGGUAAACAUCUGAUAACGAAAGAAGGACGGGAGCCCUAAUUCCUGUGAGAACAAGGCUGACAGGGUCUGAAGAUCAGGGGGUGAUUAGCUUAGCUCAGCAUAAAGGCUGGAGGCAGGGGGAUAAAAAUAGCCUGGCCUUGUCCAAAGUUAAAAAAUAUGUCGACCAGCACCUAUUGGAUUUGUUUAAUUGGACUAUUGUUCUUUAAGAAAUAUUUGCAGCACAUAACUACCCACAAAACUACAAAAAGCUCAGGGGUUAAGAGGCCAACCUUGAAGCUUUGUUGCAGUUUUCUCUCUCUCAUUUUCAAUAGUUUUUCUCCUGUUAUAAAGGCAUAAAAACAAUCGAGCUAGCAAAUUCCCCUUAUUUCCAGCCUUAUGUGAAGGUGAUAACUAUAGAUCAUAUUAUAGUCAUAGUUAUUUUCAUUAAGAGUUUACAACUUGUAAAUAGUAUUCACCUCAAAUUGCACCACCAAAGCGCAGCAACCCAUUGAUGCCGCUGUUACUUCUACAUCACCCGGAUCAUUGGUCUGAUUGGUUGAAGGAGUAUCCAAUUGCAUAAAGAGCCAUUUGAUUUAUGCCCGUUGGUCACGCCUCUUGUGCAGAGGAAAUAUAGAGCAGACUCCCCAGACCAAUGCUCAAUCUCAAAUUUAUAAAGCUUGGCUUGGACUGGUCAUAGCUAGACUAAUGGGAAUAUCUGUUGUUGAAUGUAAUUUAAGCCAGAUUUAAUCAAUGUGGUGUUAUAUUAUCAGUUCACUGUAUUUGCAAUCCUCAAACAACCAACUCUGUAACCACACAACCCUCUUUAGUUUUCUUCAACAUUAGAAUUUUUCCUACUAUCCAUCCCAGAUGACAUGAUCACGGCAUUAACGCACAGACAGGAAAGUGAAUAAGUACAUUUUCCCAAACUAUUACAUUAUUCCUGUGUCUUUUGAUGUUCAUUUGUUGAAGUCUGGAUCUGCACAGUAGAGCUCCUCUCCUUUCCCCUGUUCAACUUGCAACCCCAAAAACUAACCAAAACACUAAAAGUUGGACGUACUUCCAUGUUUUCAUCCCCAAUAUUGUAAGACCAAUUUUGCAAAUUCCUCUCUGUUGUCCAUUUUUUUUCUUAGUCUUUUUCUCCCCUGUAACAGUUAGCUCAGUAUCGUAAACUUUAAUUAGGUUAAAGUCUCUUUUUGUCAGAAUCUAACAAAGCAUGCUGCCACAUGUGGAUAAAGCAGAGUUAGGAUUGGUGAAGCAUGGACAGUAGUUACCUUUCUUUUGGGUCCCACAAACGAACAUUCACACCUUUGUCAAUACAUGUGCACAUAUUAGAAACAUGCACACACACAGGUAUGCACUUUCAAUAGGUGUUGUUUACUAGAAUCAGUUGUCACAUCUUUGAUAAAAAGGCUUGUAUGACUUUGUCAGGAGGACUCAAUUCUAAAUGUGGAAGGUAACCCCUAUGGCCUGUUCCCUGUAAUUUGAAGGAGAAUUUGUUCAGAGAAAAGCUGUCUAGAGAUGGAAAAAGCCUGUAUUUGUUACUAUAUCUACUUAACCCUUGUCAGCUCAUCAGUUCAUCACCUCAUUUUCUAUCCAUCCCAUCACAUUUAAAAUCAGAAAUUCAUAAAAAAGCAUACAGCGUCCCAUGGCAGAGAUAUUUGCCCAUCCAUCCUAUCUGGAAACUUUUUACUGAGCAGCCAAAAACCUGGGGUAUGGUAUCACGGCUCUAUCAGGUUUUGGUGAUGUCUGGCCACUUUAGCCUUCUUAUUGAGAGGGUCUCAAAGCGUGAUUGCACAAACCUGAGCAUCAAUUUUAACUGGCGUGAUGUAUGGUCUAACAUUCCAGAAGUGUCACGCAAUCCAGACAAUCAGCAGAUUCACUGCAAUUUCAAUCAUAGGACAUAUCACCCCUGUGAAAAGGUAAUUAACAGUCGUACAUAUCUUCACAUUAUGUGGUAUUUCUCUCCUGUUGGUCAGUUCUGGAACAAUAUUGCAUCCAAAAUGUCUGCCUUGAUUAUUGAUACUGUAACGGUUACUCCCUGUGAAUGAUUUGUCAGGCCAUAAGCUUUCUAAAAUUCAAAAAUGUGCUGUAUUUGCUGGACUUACAGCUGCUAAGAAAAUGAUAAUAACAUUUCGGAAAC